CGAGUUGGCAUCAUUGAUACCAAUUACACAGUACACUUCUUAGUUCUUACUUCUUACUACUAUAACUAAUAACUAUAGCCAAAUGGAGCUAAACAUAUUAUUUUUUUUAUAGUAUUUUCGUUUCUACAUUGAUACAUUUUAUUACGUAAAAAGGUGUUUACUUUAUAUUAGUAAUCUUUUAAGUGAUAUUGGCUUUGAAUCCAAUUUAAAAAUGGAAGCACUAUCUAAUAUUUUGCAGCCGUACAAGGCUAUUGUCGGCACAGUGGCUGCUGUAGUCACUAUUGGACAAAUGUUCUCAGGCUCAUUUCUCUGCUAUGACAUUUAUAAGCAGAAGGGCACCAAAGGAGUUGGUAUUAUGCCAUUUAUUGGCGGUUUAGUUAUGAGCGUGUUAAAUUUAAAAUACGGCUUCAUUCUCCGCGACGAUACAAUGAUUCAAGUGAAUUUUGUGGGUUGCGCCAUAAACAUAGUCUACCUCAUGAUUUAUUUCAACUACUCGGCCCAGAAGGGUCUCGUUUGGGCCCAAAUUGGGGCCGGUGGCGCCAUCUCGGCAGCUCUCAUCGGCUACUCCGAGUAUGAAGACCCGAAGCUUAUUGAAACACGUUUUGGAACUAUUAUAACAGCGUUCAUGUUCUAUUUGAUUGCUUCUCCGUUGUUUAAUUUGAAAACCAUAAUUAAAAACAAGAGCACAGAAGGUAUGCCCUUCCCGAUUAUCAUGUCCGGUAGCGUGGUCACCUUCACAUGGUUACUCUACGGAAUUAUACUGAACAAUUCGUUCCUUGUGCUCCAAAAUGUAGUAGCUGUCAUGCUGUGUUCUGCUCAAUUGGCUCUCUUUGCGAUUUAUCCAUCGAAGCCUAAAGGAAAGGAGAGGAAACCUAAAGCCAAGAAAGUAGACUAACACAGCCAUCAAAUGAGAAAUAAAUAGAAUAAUGAAUGCUUAUAUGUAUAAUAUAACCGGUAUGUUGUUCUAAACGGUUUUGACAGUAAUUGUAUUAUUUAUGUAUGCAAACAGUUUUAUCUUAUCGAAAGCCUUACAAUUUAGCGCGCAACCUCCAGAUUAUAUUUUUUAUCGUUUAAUACUGCAUUUAGUUUAAAUUUUUUUUGCGAAAAGUAUUUAUAUAAUGUGUUAAGGAAUUUUUGAUUGUUCCUGUUUUAUAGUUUUAUUUAUAAGGUAAAGUGAUUAACGUAUAUAGGAAUUGGGAAAUGUCAUAUCAUUGAUAGCACAUUCAACAUGAAUAUAAUAAAUAAAUAAGGAAAUAUAAUAAAUGAAGUUCAAUAUGCUAUUUUUUAAUACCUUUGGGUGAAUUUAAUCAAUUUUUGCAAGAAUAUUAAUGCUGUGAUGUAUUGUUUUGUAUUUUAUCUUCUAGAACAAUUUUCUAAGAAAAAAGUCUGUUUUGAUUAUUGACUAUAAGUCAGAGAUCGGUAACUUACUCUGAAAUUUAAAAAAAUGUCAAUACAGACUAAAAAUAUACAUUCAAACAUAGACACGCCAUCGUCUAUUGUUUAUGAUAUGGGGCUGUGAUUAUAGUUUUAUUAUUAACUGUAAUCUUAAAGAACAUUCCUAUAAAAUAUCAGUAAAUUAUAUUUUGAUGCAAUGAAAUUGCCAUUUAUGUACAAUAUAUUAAUUAUUCUA